GGCGUUCUACACACUGGCCCAGUCCCUACAAUCACACGGAAACAAAAUAGGCCUUGGCACUGUGGCCCUGAUCCGACUUGAUUCUGACAUUCAAUAACCCUCAAAUAGGAUCAUGCCGAGUAAUACUGAACCUACGACCGAGGCUCCCAUCUCACCACGCACCAUGAGUCUGUUCUUAACCGUCAUCGAUCUGCUCCUGCUCCUCCCUGUCCUAUGGCUGCCUUCCUGUUGUCCUUGUUCCUUCCUCUCGCAGCAUCCGCAUUGCCUGUAGAGAACAUUGACUUGCCGCCUGGGGUCACAGAUCACGGUGUUUCCGACCUGCUGUGCACGCCUUCUACAUGGUUCACCGUCCUCACCUUUUUGCUCUCAAACUAUGUCAGCUAUGCCGCUACUAUUCAGACUUACCCCGGCGAACCCGUCUUCGACCAGACUCUCGGCUUCUGGACGGCGCUGCUCUUCCCAGCGUCCGGUGUAGCCAGAGGCCUCAACAGCGUCGCGCGCGGGAUCCUCAUCUUAGCGAAUCGAGGAGGAUCGGACCUUCAGAAAGCUGCGGCUGCGGGAGCGCUGUGCAUGGUCGUGCGCACGGACAAGUGGACACCCGUUGCUGGGCAUACUAUGCAUGCUGUCAAGAUAUCUGGUGAAAGUGAUCUCUCCAAGGCGACAUGGAACGUGUAUGUCCCAGACUGGAUCCGCUCCUCGCUCGCUGAUAUGGCUUCCGCAGCAUGGCGCAAGUUCCAUCUGCACGGUGCGUCGCAACGGUUGCCAGAAGGUUACGCAUUCGCCUUGGUCCCGCCUACUGCCGUGAUCUCCACGACCGGGAACAACCAGAACGUGCAGCUCGCCUACUCUCUUAACAAUGCCAAAAUCAUCCUCUCUAUAUUCCAGACCGUAUCUUCUUCGUAUACGCUCUACCGCGCGCGUGGCGAUCAGAUCGAACGAUACGGCUACGUCGCUUUCUCCUUGACUGUCGCGCCGUACAUAGUAAUGUCCCUGGUGAACCUCCUCGGGAGCUUAUUGACGCCAACGUACACGACGGUGUACAUCGUACGCUCAGAAGUGACGGACGAGCUGGAGUCGCGGUACGGGCGGUGGUUCGACGGAACUGUGGGGACGCUCUCGACUAUAACCGACCAUCGAAACCUCACGUUCACGUCCGACGGCGAGAAACACCUUGUGGAGAUCAACGGGGGCACGGACACGGGCCCGAUCGUCCUCGCCCCGGAGUGUUGCUCCCCAGGUACGACCGUGCAUAUAUCCAUCCCCGCGUGCGCCGAGUUCCCCCGCCUGCCCUGGCGCUUCGCGUUCCUCGAGAAGAUACCGAGCCCGCUCCAGGGUGGGCUGGCGAACAAUGCUCUGAUCAACUUGGUGGCGACAUUCGUGGUGUCUGUGGGUGCGCCGUUGGCGAUCAUCGGGGCGCUGUCGGGGUUCCGGCAUGGGGGGAGCACGCUGACGCAGAGGGUGUGGAUCACGACGUGGUUGGUGUUUGGGUGGGUGUAUGGGCUUGGGUUUGGGUUUAGGAUGUAUGAUGUGCCGGCGACGUGGAGGACUAGAUGGGGUGAGGUGGCGUUGAGGGCAUUAGUGGCUGCUCCGGCUAUUGGAGGGUUCGUGGUUGUGGUGCAGAUGAUCCUGGAGUAUGGAAAUUGUUUUCGCAUUUGAGUUGUAGUCAGGAGGGGAUUGCACUAUCUUAAGGCGAGUUCGUCUACUAAUACCUUUGCUCUUAUAGUCAAUCAUUCGAUUCAUUCGAUGCACGCAUACUAACACUUCAUUUGUACACCACCCACACAUCA